AUGUCACGUUCACAGUGGAAACAUGUCCAGGUCCUGGCUGAGCAGUUUUGGAGACAAUGGCGUAAGGAGUUUCUUCCUCUGUUACAAGCCAGGAAGAAGUGGAACCAGGAAUCUCGCAACCUUGAGGCAGUUUAUGUCCUUAUGAAGGACGAACAAGAAGCGCGCAAUGAUUGGUCCCUUAAUUUUAAUAAUUGCCACCCGUCUAUAAAAUUUACAAUGGAGGAGAUGCAUGCUGAUAAGAUCCCAGUAUUGGACACCCUCAUUAUAAGGCGGGACAAUGGCAGCCUCACAUUCAGUGUGUACCGUAAGCCGACACAUACAGAUCAGUACCUGAAGUAUGACAGUCACCAGUCUCUUGAACACAUACUUGGGGUUAUAAGAACUCUUACUCAUCGGGCGAACACUAUUUGUUCUACGGAUGAUAGGUUAGAGCAGGAGAUUGACCACCUAAAGCAGGUACUAAGAACAUCCGGCUACAGCAAAAAAAAUCAGCAUAGCAGCAAGAAGAAGACACCAAACCCUUCUACCAUCAGGGAACACCUAGCUCAAGGCCAUAUCACUAGUCCUUAUGUGGGUGGCGUGUCUGAGUCUAUAGCCAGAAAGAUCCGGAAGCUGGACGUGAUGGUCCACACCAAACCAGUCAACACCAUCCGUAGCAUGCUAGUGGCUCCUAAGGAUAAGACCAAUACACUAGAAAAGUCAGGAGCUAUCUACCACAUCCAGUGUGCAGACUGUCCAGCUACAUAUGUAGGCGAGAUCAAGAGAGAGCUCUCCGGAAGAGGGCCAUAG